GUAGUUGGGAACGGCGGAACGCUGGUCCCGUGGACUGAGGAAGGUGUCUGGGUAGGAGGGAGGUUCGGGUGGGCCUCGGGCGGCUGGAAGAGCCCGACUUGUCCCGCUGAGAAAGCGCGAGUCUGAGUGGAACCCUGGACGACUUGCAGAGCGGCUGGCGCAGUCAUGGCGGACUACUGGAAGUCACAGCCAAAGAAAUUCUGUGAUUACUGCAAGUGCUGGAUAGCAGACAAUAGGCCUAGUGUUGAAUUUCAUGAAAGAGGAAAGAAUCAUAAGGAAAAUGUGGCAAAAAGGAUCAGUGAGAUUAAACAGAAAAGCCUGGAUAAGGCAAAGGAAGAAGAAAAGGCAUCAAAGGAGUUUGCUGCAAUGGAGGCAGCUGCCCUGAAAGCAUACCAAGAGGAUUUGAAAAGGCUUGGCUUAGAAUCAGAAAUUUUGGAGCCAAGCAUAACACCAGUAACCAGCACUAUCCCACCCACCUCUACAUCAAAUCAACAGAAAGAAAAGAAAGAAAAGAAGAAAAGAAAAAAAGAUCCUUCAAAGGGCAGAUGGGUGGAAGGCAUAACCUCUGAGGGUUACCAUUACUAUUAUGAUCUUAUCUCAGGAGCAUCUCAGUGGGAGAAACCUGAAGGAUUUCAAGGAAACUUAAAAAAGACAGCAGUGAAGACCGUUUGGGUAGAAGGUUUAAGUGAAGAUGGUUUUACCUAUUAUUAUAAUACAGAAACAGGAGAAUCCAGAUGGGAGAAACCUGAUGAUUUCAUUCCACACACUAGUGAUCUGACUUCUAGUAAGGUCAAUGAAAAUUCACUUGGCACCCUAGAUGAAUCCAAAUCAUCAGAUUCGCAUAGUGAUUCUGAUGGGGAACAGGAAGCAGAAGAAGGAGAGGUCUCUACAGAGACACAAAAACCAAAAAUAAAAUUUAAGGAAAAAAAUAAAAAUGAUGGAGGAAGUGACCCAGAAACACAGAAAGAAAAAAGUAUUCAGAAACAGAAUUCAUUAGGUUCAAAUGAAGAAAAAUCCAAAACUUUUAAGAAAUCAAACCCAUAUGGAGAAUGGCAAGAAAUUAAACAAGAGGUUGAGUCUCAUGAGGAGGUAGAUUUGGAACUUCCAAGCACUGAAAAUGAGUAUGUGUCAACUUCUGAAGCUGAUGGUGGUGGAGAACCCAAAGUGGUAUUUAAAGAAAAAACAGUCACUUGUCUUGGAGUUGUGGCAGAAGGAGUGGCCCCAGUCUUCAAAAAGAGAAGAACUGAAAAUGGAAAAUCUAGGAAUUUAAGGCAACGAGGUGAUGAUCAAUAGUUGCAGGAGAGCUUUUUGUAUAUGCUUUUAGGACAGAAUGGAGACUUAUACAUCCAAAGUUUAUCUGUGUUUGUAAGUACUUUGAUGCUAAAAAUUUAGAUUUAUUCUAAAUUUAUUUGAUGUGAAUUAAAAUAAAUAUUUUUUCAUGUGAAAUUUAUUUUGGUUCCUAAAAUGGAAGCCUACCACAUUGCAUUGUAAUACAGUGUAUUAUGUUCUGUGUCUAAAAAUUGCUAAUUAAGUCAUAAUUUAAGAUGCUAUGUAUCUGUUAUUUAAAACAUGGAGAAACAGGGCCUUUAUUCCAUUGGUAUUCAUAUGAACAUAUUUAUCCUGCAUUGAAAAUGCAUUACUUUUGCACAUUGAUGUUAACUAUUGUCCAACAAAUAAGUAUCAGUACAUGAGAAGAUUCACAGCCCAGUGAUGAUUUGGUUCUGAGGCUGAUGUAAAAAAUGAAUGCAUAUUGGCUUACGUUACUCAAUUUAAAGUCAAAAGCCAACAACCAGGAGCAGCUCAGGUACUUCAGAGGUGCUUAAUAAUGGAGUGAAAACUGGAUCAGAGGUGGAAAUGUAUAUUUGCCCCAGUUCACUUCAAAACAGCAAACGUUUAAGCAUUUUACUUUGAACCAGGCAUUGUGUUAGGAAUCCAGGGAUAAAGAUGAAUGAAAUGUAUUUCUAUUCUUCAGUAGUUCACAUUCUAGCAUAUUCCUUUUUUCCCCCAGUCAUGCACUCUUUUUAGCAGCCUUAUAUGUACUAGAAAAGAUUUUUUAAGGUUUAUUUAAAGCUGUGUAGAUGAAGACUUGAUCUAAAAUAGUAUAAGGUCUCCGGCUUCAGUAAAAGUUUUUAGUGUUUACUUAAAUUAGUAAUUUAUCACUUUCUGUCUGUUUAAAAUGUCUUAAAAAGUAGAAUUUUCUUAUUUAAUCCAUUUAGUAGUUACCUCCCUUUUACUUUUCAAAUUCACAAAAUUAUAUUUCUCAUAAAUUGUAUAGUAUUUAACUUUUGAUAGUUAAUAUUUGUCUUUUUAAGAUUACUAGUGUACAUGUAAAAAAUAGCUUAUUAAAAACUUUGUCAAAGAAUAAGUUAAAUAUUGUUAUUAUUCUAAUUCCAGUCAGAAUCAACUUAGCAUUGGUGAGAUAGUAUUUGGAGAUUUGUCUUUGCAUUUUUUCAGUCUACUUUUUGGGUAUUUUAUGAAUGUGAAAGCCUAAACUUUCCCCUUCAUUAGGAAGAGAUAUUUUAUAGUUCUUGAUAGCCCAUUCAUCAUCUAGCUGAGCAGUGCAUUUUGGGGCGUCACUCUUCUCAGUUGGAAAAAGUAAUGGACUGUAAAUGCAGUGCUCCUAUACUUUACCCACAUUUAGCUCUUAAAAAAUACAAAAUUGAAGGCAUUUUUAAAAUUAUACCUCGUGUAAACUUUCUCUUUGAUGAUUUUUAAAACAAUCUCCUUUACUUUUGAAAUUAGUAUUCUCAAAAACUGAAAGCAAGGUAAAUGUCUUUAAACAGUAUGGUUUUAAGGAUUGCUCAGAAAAGACUUGAUAAUAACAACAAUAUUUUAGUAAAUCAAAUCAUGAAAAAUAGUAAUAUUCCAUCUGCUUUGGAGGAGUAGAGAACAUACAGCUUUUAACUUACUUGGAUGUUUUUGUAAGUGAUACCAUUUCUACUAUUACCUUUCUAUAUUUAUAUAUGUAUGUAUAAUAUAUAUAUACACUUGUAGAUCAUGAAAGUAAUUUUUUAAUAAAUAUAAAAAUCCAAAUAAUAGAGAAAUAAGUUUUUAGGAAAUCUCAGUAAUCUCUCAACCCCUCUCCAUGACCACUGUGGGGUUUUCCAUUUUUCUCAACAUAACUGGGUGUAUAUGGGUAACCCUUAUGACAGCUGGACCUAUGAGGUUCACUAUCUGGAUGAAACCAUAUUCAAAGAAACAUGAUCCAAACAACCAAAAGUAGUUUUUGUUUUUUUAAUGAAGUUUUUAUACAUUCCAAGAACUAUACUAGGGGAAUCAACCCUACCAGAUAUUUAUGUAUUAAAAAUCUAUAAGAUACAAUAAAGGCCGGGGAUGGUGGCUCAUGCCUGUAAUCCCAGAACUUUGGAAGACCAAAGCAGGCAGAUUGCUUGAGUCCAGGAGUUUGAGACCAGCCUGGGCAACAGGGCAAAACCCCAUCUCUACUAC